UUUCGAUCCCAUGAAAUGGAAAUUGACCAGUGCCUGCUGGAGUCCCUUCCCCUGGGCCAAAGGCAGCGUCUGGUGAAGCGCAUGCGCUGUGAGCAAAUCAAAGCCUAUUAUGAACGUGAGAAGGCUUUUCAGAAGCAAGAAGGAUUCUUGAAAAGGCUGAAGCAUGGGAAAAUCCAGAAAGUUCACUUUAACCUUGCUGACAUGAUACAGGACGCAAUUAUCCACCACAAUGACAAAGAAGUGCUUCGGCUCCUGAAGGAGGGGGCAGAUCCUCAUACGCUCGUUUCCUCAGGAGGGUCCUUACUCCAUCUGUGUGCUCGGUAUGACAAUGCCUUCAUUGCGGAGAUCCUGAUUGACAGAGGCGUCAAUGUCAACCACCAGGAUGAAGACUUUUGGACACCAAUGCACAUUGCCUGUGCAUGUGAUAAUCCUGAUAUUGUCCUGCUUCUUGUUUUAGCUGGAGCCAACCUCCUCCUCCAGGAUGUUAAUGGAAAUAUCCCAUUGGAUUAUGCCGUAGAAGGGACAGAAUCCAGCUCUAUCCUGCUGACCUAUCUGGAUGAAAACGGAGUGGAUCUGACCUCACUACGCCAGAUGAAGCUUCAGAGACCAAUGAGUAUGUUAACAGAUGUCAAACACUUCUUAUCAUCUGGAGGAAAUGUUAAUGAGAAAAAUGAUGAAGGAGUAACUCUGUUACACAUGGCCUGUGCAAGUGGCUACAAGGAGGUGGUAUCUCUCAUCCUGGAGCAUGGUGGAGACCUCAAUAUAGCAGAUGACCAGUACUGGACUCCCCUCCACUUAGCAGCCAAGUAUGGCCAGACAAACCUGGUGAAACUUCUUUUGAUGCAUCAGGCAAACCCAAACCUUGUGAACUGUAAUGAAGAGAAGCCAUCAGAGGAAAUUGAUGAUCUGAGUCUCACUACUGUGGUCAGUCAGCUUUUGGUGUGGAACAUGGUCAACAGUCCCCUGGUGUUACCAAUUGCCAAACAAGACAGUUUGUUGGAAAAAGACAUCAUGUUCAAAGAUGCAACAAAAGGUCUAUGUAAACAGCAGUCUCAGGACAGCACCCCUGAAAACACAACAAUGAGUGGCUCCACCAAACCUGAGCAGGUCAAACUGAUGCCUCCUGCUCCAAAUGAUGACCUGGCAACGCUCAGUGAGCUCAAUGAUGGCAGCCUCCUUUAUGAAAUCCAGAAGCGCUUCGGGAACAAUCAGAUAUACACUUUUAUUGGGGACAUCCUCUUGCUUGUUAAUCCAUUCAAGGAGCUUCCAAUUUAUUCUCCCAUGGUUUCCCAGAUGUACUUCAGCACCUCGGGGAAGCUGCACUCCUCACUGCCGCCUCACCUCUUCUCCUGUGCAGAGAGAGCGUUCCACCAGCUGUUCCAAGAGCAGCGACCUCAGUGCUUCAUUCUCAGUGGAGAAAGAGGAUCGGGAAAGUCCGAAGCCAGCAAACAAAUAAUGAGGCACCUAACCUGUAGGUCUGGCUCCAGCAGGGCUAUAUUUGAAUCCAGAUUUAAACAUGUCAUGUGCAUCUUAGAAGCCUUCGGACAUGCCAAGACAACACUUAAUGAUUCGUCCAGUUGCUUCAUAAAGUAUUUUGAGCUACAGUUCUGUGAGAGGAAAAAACAUUUAACUGGAGCCAGAAUUUAUACAUACAUGCUAGAGAAAUCCAGACUUGUUUCACAACCUCUUGGCCAGAGCAAUUUUCUUGUUUUCUACUUGUUAAUGGAUGGGUUAUCUGCUGAAGAAAAAUACGGACUUCACCUUAAUAAUUCAUAUGCACACCGGUAUUUGAACCAGACCAUACGGGAAGAUAUAUUAACAUCAGAGCAUUCUCUGAACAGGGAGAAGUUAGCUGUUUUGAAACAAGCCUUGAAUGUAGUUGGCUUCAGCAAUUUGGAAGUGGAGAACCUGUUUGUAAUUCUGGCAGCAAUAUUACACAUUGGCGACAUUAGCUUUACUGCCCUGACUGACACCGACUCUGCAUUCGUUUCUGACCUCCAGCUUCUAGAACAAGUGGCUGGAAUGUUACAAGUAUCAACAGAUGAAUUGGCUUCUGCCUUAACAACUGAUGUUCAAUAUUUUAAAGGAGAUAUGAUAAUACAACGGCAUACUAUGCAGAUUGCUGAAUUUUACCGAGAUCUCUUGGCCAAGUCCCUGUACAGUCGUUUGUUUAGCUUUUUGGUGAAUACCAUGAAUUGUUGUCUUCACAGUCAAGACGAACACAGAAGCAUGCAGACAUUGGAUAUUGGAAUAUUGGACAUCUUUGGUUUUGAAGAAUUUCAAAAGAAUGAAUUUGAACAACUUUGUGUCAACAUGACCAAUGAGAAGAUGCACCACUAUAUCAAUGAAGUGCUUUUUCUACACGAGCAAGCAGAAUGUGUACAAGAGGGAGUUACCAUGGAAACAGCAUAUUCUCCUGGUAACCAGACUGGAGUUAUGGAUUUUUUUUUCCAGAAGCCAUGUGGACUUCUGUCUUUAUUGGAUGAAGAAAGUCAGAUGAUUUGGCCGAUGGAAACAAACCUUCCAAAAAAGCUGCAAAGCCUCCUAGAAUCCUCAAACACGAAUGCAGUCUAUUCCCCCAUUAAGGAUGGGAAUGGGAAUGUCGCCCUGAAAGACCAAGGCACAGCCUUCACCAUCAUGCACUAUGCAGGAAGGGUAAUGUAUGACAUUGUUGGAGCAAUUGAAAAAAAUAAAGACUCCCUUUCGCAGAAUCUUCUAUUUGUAAUGAAAACUAGUGAAAAUGUCGUGAUCAAUCAUUUGUUCCAGUCGAAAUUGUCACAAACAGGAUACCUCGUAUCUUCCUAUCCUUCCCUUAAAUUCCGAGGACAUAAAGCUGCUCUGCUCAGUAAGAAAAUGACAGCUUCUUCAGUUACCGGAGAAAACAAGAAUUACCUAGAACUUAGUAAGUUAUUAAAAAAGAAAGGAACUUCUACAUUUCUUCAAAGACUGGAACGAGGAGAUCCAAUAACCAUAGCGUCACAACUCAGGAAAUCACUAGCGGAUAUUAUUGGAAAACUUCAGAAGUGCACCCCACACUUCAUUCACUGCAUCAGGCCCAAUAACUCAAAGCUGCCAGAUACUUUUGAUAAUUUCUAUGUGUCUGCUCAGCUACAAUAUAUUGGGGUCCUGGAGAUGGUGAAGAUCUUCCGAUAUGGAUACCCCGUUCGCCUUUCCUUCUCGGAUUUCCUGUCAAGAUACAAGCCACUGGCUGUUACAUCCCUGUGCGAGAAGAAGGAACAGUCCACUGAGGAGCGAUGUCGGCUUAUUCUCCGGCAGUGUAAAUUACAAGGCUGGCAGAUGGGAGUCCGAAAAGUGUUUCUAAAAUACUGGCAUGCUGACCAGCUCAAUGAAUUGUGUCUACAGUUGCAGAGAAAAAUUAUAACCUGCCAAAAAGUUAUCAGAGGAUUUUUAGCACGCCAGCACUUGCUUCAGAAGAUGAGCAUCAAACAGCAAGAGGUCACUUCCAUCAAUAGCUUUCUGCAGCACACAGAGGACAUGGGGCUGAGGACCUACGAUGCCCUGGUCAUCCAGAAUGCUUCAGACAUUGCCCGGGAAAAUGACAGGCUCCGUAAUGAAAUGAACAUUACCUACCAUAAAGAGAAGUUAGAGGGCAGGAACAAGCAAGAGGAAGGAACCAAAAGAACUGAAGACAAGGGUGGACCCAGGAAUUUCCAUUCCAGCUCCAUCGUGGUCUCCACAGCAGUGGACAGCCUGGGCCAGGCGCGCGGUGGCCCGUCCAUCUGGUCUCCUUCGCUGCACUCGGUGUUCAGCAUGGAUGACAGCAGCAGCCUCCCGUCACCACGGAAACAGCCUCCACCCAAGCCAAAGAGGGACCCCAACACCCGGCUGAGCGCCUCCUAUGAGGCCGUGAGUGCCUGCCUCUCGGCAGCCAAGGAAGCAGCAAAUGAAGCUCUGACCCGGCCCAGGCCGCACAGCGAUGACUACAGCACCAUGAAGAAGAUUCCUCCUCGAAAGCCCAAGCGCAGCCCGGACACCAAGCUUAGCGGCUCCUAUGAGGAAAUCCCGGGCCCCGCGGCUGUGCAGGGGGCCUCCCUGGCCGUCGGCACUGCCCGGCGCGCCCCGCACCCUGCCACACAGCAGGCGGACGACGACGAGGGCGAGCCGGUGUACAUCGAGAUGGUGGGCCACGCGGGGCGGCCCGGCGGCCCCGAGCCCGACAGCCCCGACCAGGGCGAGGCGGUGUACGAGGAGAUGAAGUUCUUCCCGCCCGAGGACUGCGGCGGCCGGGGCACCGUCUGCUGCGCGUCCGCGUCGCCGCCCCUGUGGCCCGAGAGGCGGAGACCCGCGCCCUUCGAGGACGUGGCGCCAAGCGGCCCGGCCGCUGGGCUCCCCGGGGACGCGUGCGACAUCCCGGCGCCCUUCCCCAACCUGCUGCCGCACCGGCCACCGCUGCUGGUGUUCCCCCCGACGCCCGCCACCUGCUCCCCGGCCUCAGACGAGUCGCCUCUGACACCCCUGGAGGUGAAGAAGUUGCCGGUCCUGGAGACCAACCUCAAAUACCCUGUUCAGCCCGAGGGCUCGAGCCCCUUGUCUCCGCAGUACUCCAAAAACCCAGAGGGGGACAGUGGCAGGCCCGCGUCCCCCGGCUUGAGGACAUUUAAUGUGCCCAGCAGAAUCUCCCCACCGCCCACGCCCACGCCCACUCCUCCGCCUCCUCCUCCUCCUCCUCCCCCUCCUCCUGGGCCACCUCCUGCUUCCUACCUGCUGUCCACGCAUUUCGCGUUCCCGCCAGAGACGGUUGUGGUUCAUACAGGAAAAGCAAUGGCAAAUUCAGAUUUGUCUAAAAUCCAUCAAAAGCCAAACUCUGCCCCAGUGGGUGGUCCAUGCAGCACCUUCUCCAAGAUCCCUUACUCCCCGGUGAAGGCCGCCAGGAAGGCGAGCUCCAACUCCUCCUCCCCGGCGCCCUACAGCCCUCCCAACUCCAGGCCUCUCACCAGCCCCCUCGACGAGCUAACCAGCCUCUUCAAUUCUGGAAGGAGCGUACUUCGGAAAUCUGCAGCGGGAAGAAAAAUUAGGGAAGCUGAAGGUUUUGAAACUAACAUGAACCUAAGUAGCCGGGAUGAUCCUAGUACAUCAGAAAUUGCUUCAGAGACUCAAGAUAGAAAUGCAAAUAACCAUGGAAUUCAAUUAUCUAACUCACUAUCUAGUGCUAUAACUGCUGAAAAUGGGAAUUCUGUCUCAAAUGGUUUACCUGAAGAAGAUGGGUACUCCAGGUUGUCUGUGGGUGGCACCGUGACGUCAUCAUUUCAGAGACACAGGGAGAGUCACACCACUCAGGUAAUCCAUCAGCUGAGGCUCUCAGAGAACGAAAGCGUGGCCCUGCAGGAACUCCUGGACUGGAGGCGGAAGCUCUGUGAGGAAGGGGAGGGCUGGCAGCAACUGCUGCAGCACACCGAGCCCAGGGCGCCUCCCCCACCGCCCUGCAAGAAGCCCACUCUGCUGAAGAAGCCCGAGGGGGCCUCCUGCAACAGGCUGCCGUCUGAGCUCUGGGACAGCAGCAUCUGA